CAGACGUCAUUCUAUCAGUUCUGUCUUCGGUGAUCCAUUUACAGAAAGUCUAACACGUGAAAGUAAUUUGUGACGUUACUGUCAUGUCAGUUUGGCAAAGUGAUUGAAAAGCCAAAUAAUAGGCAGUUGAUCGACAGGAAAAAUCGCCUAAUUCAUUAUUAUUAUUUCUUUUCACAAGCAUUUCGAGCCAAUCUGAAAUGGAUAAAGCCGAUGAGCCUAUCGACGUCAUUCCCGUCACGAGUUUAGAUGACGAACAACAAAAAAUCCAGAAAGGCAAAAAUGAAGACUAUGACAGCCCUCAACAUUUAGUCGUUGAAUCAGCCGAAGUGGCGAAUGCAAAUGAUGCCUUCUCCCCUGCUCCUCAACUUGAAAGUUCCCUUAAUGAAUCAGCAAAUGAUAGUUAUGUACAAGUGGAAGGGCUUUUAAAGUUGCCACAACUAGAGAGCACAAGGCUUAGCAUGACAGAUGCAGAUUUGAGCAAAAUUCAAUCAGAGACUGGAGACUCACAAAAUCCUUUAAAUGCUGGCUUUGUAAAACCUAACUUUGAUAAUCAGUCUUCCUCAAAAUUGGAUUCAAAUGAAAUUUCUGUGUUUGCAGAGGAUUCUGAUGCAGGUUCUAACCAACAAAUUGAGUCAGAAGAAAAUGUUCAGCUAACUUCAGGCAUAGAUUCAAAUAUGGAAUGCCUCAAUGAGUCUAUAAAUUCUGCUUCGGAAAGCCAAGAACUCAUUGACACAGACAAGCAUGCUGAACCAAAUGGCAAUAUUCUACCACAUGCCGACCAUUCAGUUGUUGAACAACUGAACGAUUCUGUAUUUUCAGCUUCUGGCAAUUGUGAACCAAAUCAGCAUGUAGAGCCCGAUGACAACAGCUCGUCUCUUCCGAAUGGGGAAUCGAAGGUGGAAGUUUUGAUGAAUUGCUUGACGGCCGCUACCGUAAACCAGGAACCUACCAAUGAUGAGACGACCAAAAAUGGAAUACAAGAAUCAGAUGGCGAUCCUGUAAUCGAAUCUUUGAAUGAAACGCCAAUGUUAGAUGCCAAAGCGCCUCUAAAUGACGAAAAACACACAGCUAUAGAAAGGGAACCUGUGGCUGCAGAACGUACUUCUGUGGAGAUCCAUUUGAAUGAUGAAACAAUUAGUUCAGACCCAGAGGUUGAACAACUUAUGAAACUGCCUGAAACAGUAACGCAACUUACCAGCAAAGAUGGAGUCAAAGUGUUUUUGGUUGGCACAGCCCAUUUUAGUCAAGAAAGUCAGGAAGAUGUUGCCAAGACUAUCCUCAUGACACGGCCUCGAGUGGUUGUUGUAGAACUCUGCGUUUCUCGCCUCAAUAUCCUUCGCUUUGACGAGCAAACCAUACUGGAAGAGGCAAAGAACCUCAAUAUGGAGAAAGUGCGUUCGACCAUCAAGCAAUAUGGAGCUGUGCAAGGCGCCUUAUAUCUUCUCUUCCUUUCUACGUCGGCCCAUUUAACUCGUCAGUUGGGGAUGGCUCCUGGUGGUGAAUUUCGUCGGGCCUAUCACGAAGCACGUAAUGUUCAUGGCUGUCGGAUUCACUUGGGUGAUCGACCGAUCCAUGUGACACUCCACCGUGCCCUAGCUGCUUUAUCACUGUGGCAGAAAGCUAAAUUAGUAUGGCACCUACUUCUCAAUAGAGGACCAAUCAGCGCCGAGGAAGUGGAACGCUGCAAGCAAAAGGACCUGCUGGAGGAGAUGCUGGAGGAGAUGACGGGCGAGUUCCCUCCGUUGAGUCGCGUUUUCGUCCAAGAAAGAGAUCUUUGCUUGGCACAUUCAAUGCAACUUGCCGCCGCCGAUGCCGCGUCCGAGGCGCGUUCCAACGGACAAUUGAACGAGCCACCCACAGUGGUCGGUGUUGUUGGCAUUGGUCAUGUGGCUGGCAUUUCACGUUACUUUGAAAAAGUUAGUGAGAGCGAUGUCAAGAAAGUCAUGAGUAUACCGCCACAGACGAUGGCAAGUCGCGUAUUCGUUGUUUCCUUCAAGUUGUCUGUUUUGGGCCUCGCUUGCUACGGAUGUUACAAAGUCAUCCCUAAGGCAAUGGAAAUCGAAGUAGAAAUGCGAGAUGAUUACGAGCAUGAAGAUAAGAACUUGUUAUACACUCCCGUGAAUAUUCCUGGUAGUGGUGUUGAUGACGUCAUUUUUGCAGAACAGUUCGAAGGAUGUGCGUGCUGUGGAACUUGUGUUGACACCAACUGUGGUUGUAUUCGAGGUGGAACGCCAUUUUACUAUUCCGGUUGUGGUUUGGCGGAUCCAGACAUUCCUCCUAAUUUGAUUUAUGAGUGUCAUGUUAAUUGUCAGUGUGACUCCAAGUGCUCCAACCGUCUGGUUCAAAAGGGGCCACACAUUGGGCUAUCGUUGAUGGAUGCAGGCCCAAAAGGGAUUGGCUUAUGGUGCGAAAUGGAUUUGCCGAAAGGAGCGUUCGUCUGUGAAUACGCCGGAGAGGUAAUAGGAGCAGAAGAGGCUCGGCGGCGCUACGCCAAACAGAAAAGUCUUGGUCUCCGUAAUUAUAUCUUUGCCUUGCGAGAACAUUUUGGGAAAGAAACCUCACCAGUCCUAACGUAUAUCGACCCUUCCUGCAUCGGUAACAUAGGACGUUAUAUCAAUCAUUCUUGCGAUCCCAAUCUACUGAUUGUGCCUGUUCGCACGGACACAGUUGUUCCGAAAAUUUGCCUCUUUGCCCGACGAAACAUUACCGCCUAUACGGAAUUAACGUUCGAUUAUGGUGGAGGUGCGGAACCUAUCCAGGGGGUGCCGGAUGGAUGGAGCGAAGGGACUGUCUGUCGCUGUAUGGCGUCUGUAUGUCGCCGCCUUUUGCCUUUUGAUUAUUCUUUAGGCUAACGCCUUGAUACAUUUUCGGUUUUCCUUUUUCGUCUAAAUUACCUUUUUAAUCCACAUGUUUCUAUAUGCUUUAUUAAUUAAUAUAAUAUAAUUUAAUGUUGGAAAUGUC